AUGACACACUGCCGCAAGAAUUGCAAGGCGGGCGUCUACACUUACCGUGAGAAAAUACAGCAAGGCCUCAGGCUACAGGACCCACAAUAUUCAACUGAGCCAGGGAUGACGUCAAGGGCUCCGACUGCUGCCUCCCUCUGUUUGCAGCCCGGCCACAGCCCCGUCGUCCCCACAGAUGGCUACUGUACGAGCGUGAGGCAAUCCUGGAUACGCUUCGCGCCAGAGGAGAUGGCCCCGCAGAAGAAGGCAGAUGAGAAGCAGGAGGGUUCCCCGGGCGCCGUCUCAAGGAACGGCCCAGAGGAUGCCCGACCCAGGACCACUGCAGGCCCCGGAAGCAAGAACAAGGACAAGGCGCUGCCUGGCCCCUGGAUCCCGCGGCCGACCCUGGAGGCUGAGGUCCGCAAACUGCGGGGAAGCCGUCGUGCAGAGACCAGCGGCCUGUCGGAGAAGCCACUGCGCAUGUCAGACCUGACGCGCAAGCGCCUCACGCCGCCCCAGGGAUCCGGGGGCGACUGUGCACAGCACGCACCGCGAGCGCUGCGUGUGCGCGUUGAGCCACCGCAGCCGGAGCCACGGCGCGCCCCGCGCGGCGUUGCAGCCGUCCGGAGCCAGAGGCACCCUCGAGGGGUAGAGAAGCUGACUUGCAAGGACAUGCUGGACCCCAAGCAGCGGGAGAAGCUGGCGCACUGCGACAUCAUCGUGCCUCAGUGGGGCAACAAGGGCUUCCGGGCUCCAGAAUGA